AUCUCAUUCACGAUUCAAUCACAAGAGCACCUCGUCCCCUCUCAUCACCUCUUUUCACUACAUCCUAUCUUCCUCUCCUGUACUUUGAGGGCUCGUCUUUUCUUCAGUCAUUGAAUUAAACCUUCUCUGAUACCCUUUUUUCAUCUCCUCUUCUUACUGCUUGAUUGGUCUGUCUGAGGUGGAUGAGGACGCGGUCCGGGCGUCGCAUACAUUAUGGCUCCACUACCCAUUAAGUUUACGGAGUUGCUUCAGUUGACGAAUGUCGGAAUAGCUCCGGCAUCGAUAGGCUUCAACUCCUGCACCUUAGAAUCGGAUCAGUACGUCUGCAUUCGCCAAAAGCUCAGCGACGAUGCCUCCCCAGAGGUCAUCAUCAUCGACCUCAAGAAUGACAACAACAUCAUUCGGCGGCCAAUCAAAGCCGACAGUGCAAUCAUGCACUGGAACAAGCAGGUCAUCGCCCUGAAGGCCCAGCAACGGACGCUCCAGAUAUUCGAUCUCGCCCAGAAAGCCAAGCUAAAGUCAGCUACAAUGAACGAGGAUGUCGUUUUUUGGAAAUGGAUCAGUGAGAGCACCAUUGGUUUGGUCACGGACAGUUCAGUCUAUCACUGGAAUAUCCUGAAUCCAAGCGAGAAUUCUCCGCAGAAAAUCUUCGAUAGGAACAACAACCUUGCGGGCUGUCAAAUCAUCAACUAUCGCACAGAUGCGGACGAUAAAUGGAUGGUAGUCGUUGGCAUUUCUCAACAGCAAGGACGCGUUGUUGGCUCGAUGCAGCUGUACUCACGAGAUCGAGGAAUCAGCCAAGCUAUCGAGGGUCAUGCUGCGGCAUUUGGUACAAUCAGACUCGAUGGUGCCCCGGCCGACACGAAGCUCUUCACUUUUGCAGUCCGCACUGCUACCGGCGCGAAGCUGCACGUUGUGGAAGUGGACCACCAGGCCACCAACCCUGUUUUCCAGAAGAAGGCCGUCGACGUUUACUUCCCUACAGAGGCUGUCAAUGAUUUCCCAGUGGCGAUGCAGGUCUCGCUCAAGUAUAGUGUCAUAUACCUUGUGACAAAAUACGGAUUCAUUCACCUCUACGACCUCGAAACUGGCACUUGCAUCUUCAUGAACCGUAUCUCUAGCGAGACGAUCUUCAUCACGGCCCCAGAUGCGGACGCCUCUGGUAUUCUCGGAGUCAACAGGAAGGGCCAGGUCCUCGCCGUGAGCAUCGAUGAGAGCACUAUCAUUCCUUAUCUCCUCCAGAACCCAGCAAAUUCGACCCUUGCCGUCCGACUAGCCUCCCGCGCCGGUCUCCCUGGUGCUGACCAGCUCUAUCAGCAGCAAUUCAAUCAAUUGUUGAGCACCGGAAACUAUGUAGAGGCCGCAAAGACUGCCGCCAACUCCCCGCGCGGCUUUCUCCGGACCCCAGAGACCAUUGAGAGAUUCAAGGCUCUCCCUGCCCAGCCUGGUCAGUUGUCAGUCAUUCUCCAGUAUUUUGGAAUGCUACUGGACAAGGGAUCCCUCAACAAGCACGAAAGCUUGGAACUGGUACGGCCUGUGCUCGCUCAGAACCGGAAGCAUUUGCUUGAGAAGUGGUUGAACGAGAAUAAAUUGGAGUGCUCGGAGGAACUCGGUGACAUUGUUCGGUUGCACGACCUUAACCUUGCCUUGGCCAUUUAUUUGCGCGCAAACGUCCCCCAAAAGGUUGUUGCUGCUUUUGCGGAAACCGGACAAUUCGAAAAGAUUCUUCCCUAUGCCAAGCAAAGCGGUUACCAGCCUGACUUCACUUCAUUGCUUCAGCACAUUGUGCGGGUGAAUCCAGAGAAGGGAGCCGAGUUUGCUACUGCCCUCGCCAACGAGGAGGGUGGGCCAUUGGUUGAUAUUGAUCGUGUCGUUGAUGUGUUCCAGUCACAAAACAUGAUCCAACAGGCUACUGCCUUCCUGCUCGAUGCUUUGAAGGACAACAAACCUGAGCAGGGCCAUCUCCAGACGAGAUUGUUGGAGAUGAACCUCCUGAACGCACCUCAAGUGGCUGAUGCUAUUCUCGGGAACGAAAUGUUUUCCUACUAUGAUAAGCCAAGGAUUGCUCAGCUUUGCGAGAAUGCCGGGCUGUAUCAGCGCGCACUUGAACAUUAUGAAGACCCCGCCGCUAUCAAGCGUGUUAUUGUGAACACCCAACAGCUCAACCCUGACUGGUUGGUUACCUACUUUGGAAAGCUUUCUGUCGAGCAGACUCUCGAUUGUCUUAACGAGAUGCUUCGCGUCAACAUUCGUCAGAACCUACAGACCGUUGUCCAAGUCGCAACCAAAUUCUCUGACCUCAUCGGACCUGCCCGCCUCAUUGAUCUCUUUGAGAAGUACCGCACCGCGGAGGGUUUGUACUUUUACCUUGGCAGCGUGGUCAACGUGAGCGAAGAUCCGGAAGUUCACUUCAAGUAUAUCGAAGCUGCGACAAAGAUGGGUCAGUUUACGGAGGUGGAGCGCAUCUGUCGUGACAGCAACUAUUACAACCCUGAAAAGGUCAAGAACUUCCUCAAGGAAGCCAAGUUGACCGAGCAGCUGCCGCUCAUCAUUGUUUGCGACCGAUUCAACUUUAUUCACGACCUUGUUCUCUAUCUGUACCAGAACCAGCAAUUCCACUCAAUCGAAGUCUAUGUGCAGCGUGUUAAUCCGGCGCGCGCACCAGCGGUCGUUGGUGGCUUGCUUGACGUUGACUGCGAUGAGCCCAUUAUCAAGAACUUGCUGGCUUCUGUCAACCCGGCCUCAAUCCCCAUUGAUGAGCUAGUUUCAGAGGUUGAGUCUCGCAACCGUCUGAAGCUCCUGUUACCGUUCCUCGAGGCUACUUUGGCCAGUGGAAACCAGCAACAGGCCGUGUACAACGCCCUUGCAAAGAUUUAUAUUGACAGCAAUAACAAUCCGGAGAAGUUCCUCAAGGAGAACGACCAAUAUGACUCGCUUACGGUUGGCAAGUACUGUGAGAAGCGUGACCCCGGGCUCGCCUUUAUUGCCUACCAGAAGGGCCAAAAUGACCUUGAGCUCAUCAACAUCACAAAUGAGAACUCCAUGUACAAGGCUCAGGCUCGCUAUCUUCUCCAGAGGGCCGAUCCUGAAAUCUGGGCAUUCGUUCUCAAUGGCAAUAACGUUCACAGGCGGGCGCUCAUCGACCAGGUCGUUUCGACUGCCGUUCCCGAGUCUACUGAGCCUGGCAAAGUUUCUAUUGCUGUCAAGGCUUUCCUCGACGCUGACUUGCCGUCCGAGUUGAUUGAAUUGCUCGAAAAGAUUAUUCUGGAGCCUUCGCCUUUUAGUGAUAAUGGUAGCCUUCAGAAUCUCUUGAUGCUUACUGCAGCCAAGUCAGACAAGGGACGUUUGAUGGAUUACAUUCAUCAGCUGAACGCGUUCAAUGCCGAGGACAUUGCGCAGAUGUGCAUUGAUGUUGGACUCUUUGAAGAGGCUUUUGAAGUCUUUAAGAAGGUUGACAAUCAUGUGGCGGCAACGAAUGUUCUCGUUGAGCACAUUGUCAGCAUCGACCGCGCUCAAGAAUACGCUGAGCGUGUGGAGCUGCCAGAAGUGUGGAGUAUAGUUGCCAAGGCUCAGCUCGACGGUCUCCGUGUCAGUGACGCCAUUGAGUCCUACAUUCGUGCUCAGGAUCCUAGUAACUAUAAUGAGGUCAUUGAGAUUGCCACCCAUGCUGGAAAGGAUGAGGACCUGAUCAAGUAUCUUCGGAUGGCACGCAAGACGUUGCGCGAGCCUCCCAUCGAUACUGCCCUGGCAUUUUGCUAUGCACGAACCGACCAGCUUAGUGAACUCGAAGAUUUCUUGCAGGCCACAAACGUUGCCGACGUUGAGGCUUCGGGUGACAAGGCUUAUGAAGAGGGCUAUCACCAAGCCGCCAAGAUCUUCUUUACGAGCGUUUCUAACUGGGCCAAGCUUGCGACAACGCUCGUCCACUUGGAGGAUUACCAGGCUGCUGUCGAGUGUGCUCGCAAGGCGAACAGCGUCAAGGUGUGGCGACAAGUUAACGAGGCGUGCGUGGCCAAGAAGGAGUUCCGUCUCGCUCAGAUCUGCGGUCUGAACCUCAUUGUCCACGCCGAGGAGCUGCAGGAUCUCGUCAAGCAGUAUGAGCGGAAUGGUUACUUUGAUGAGCUCAUCUCUGUGCUCGAAGCCGGCCUUGGCUUGGAGAGAGCGCACAUGGGAAUGUUCACUGAGCUCGGUAUUGCCCUGUCCAAGUACCAUCCCGACCGUGUCAUGGAACAUCUCAAGCUCUUCUGGGGCCGCAUCAACAUUCCCAAGAUGAUUCGUGCCUGCGAGGAGGCACACUUGUGGCCUGAACUCAUCUUUUUGUACUGCCACUAUGACGAGUGGGACAAUGCUGCGCUCGCGAUGAUGGAGCGCGCUGCCGAUGCAUGGGAGCAUCACUCCUUCAAGGACAUUAUUGUCAAGGUCGCGAACUUGGAAAUCUACUAUCGCGCUCUCAACUUUUACCUUCAGGAGCAGCCUUCUCUGCUUACGGACCUGCUUCAGGCCCUCACCGCUCGGGUCGAUGUCAACCGUGUUGUCCGAAUGUUUGAGAAGUCUGAUAACAUUCCACUAAUCAAGCCGUUCCUUCUCAACGUGCAGACGCAGAACAAGAAGUCUGUCAACAAUGCCAUUAACGAUUUGCUGAUUGAGGAGGAGGACUACAAGACUCUUCGAGACUCGGUCGAGAAUUACGACAAUUAUGAUCCCGUGGAGCUCGCCCAACGACUUGAGCGACACGACCUCGUUUUCUUCCGGCAGAUUGCCGCCAGCAUCUACCGCAAGAACAAGCGAUGGGAGAAGUCGAUUGCGCUGUCGAAGCAAGACAAGCUGUUCAAGGAUGCCAUUGAGACUGCAGCCAUCUCGAGCAAGCCUGACGUCGUUGAGGAAUUGCUCCGUUAUUUUGUCGAUAUUGGCAGCCGCGAGUGCUACGUUGGUAUGUUGUACGCUUGCUACGACCUUAUCCGCCUUGACGUCGUCAUGGAAAUUUCGUGGCGUUACGGUCUCACCGACUACACCAUGCCGUUUAUGAUCAACUACAUGAGUCAGCAAGCCUCGGCGAUUGAGUCCCUCAAAAAGGACAAUGAGGAGCGCAAGACCCGUGAAACUUCUCAGAGGACAGAAGAGGAUAACACUCCCAUCCUGGGGGGUUCUCGCUUGAUGCUGACGCAGGGCCCGGCUCAGCCUAACGGCAUUGCACCGCAGCCAACGGGAUUCCGAGGAUUCUGAUUUUCGCAUUAGGCCCUUGUCCUAGUCCUUGCUAUCAUGAGCGAAACGAUGUAACAUUUAAAAUUAAGGUUAUUUUGUGGCGGCUGGAUCAUGUGUGGAUGACGGAAAUUCCAUUUAAUGCUUUUUUAAAAACUUUAGCUUAAACAGCAUCUUUCUAAUAUUAGGUCGACCUGGCCACGGCAGGUCCAUUCUUGUUCAACUAUGCAAAUGUUAUGUUAUGAUUAUUCCAGAUUUACAUUGUCUUUCUUUAAUCACGAG